AUGCAAUCAAUGGCUCAACAAAAUGGUGAUUUGAGCGAUGAUAAUCCGCACGUUAAAGAAUUGAAACGGGUGAGCAUUAUUUUAAAAAAAAACUAUCAAAUUUCACUACAUUUUCUAUACGAAUUUUUCAAUAAUACUCAUAUGAAAAAUGAUUAUUUAUAAUCUAAAGAAAACAUAUGUUUUUACACUUUUGAGAAAAGUGACCAAUAUUAGGCUCAAGUUUCUUGUUAAGAUGAAAAUAUUUCGGAAAACUUACAUUUUUUGCAGUUGUUCAUAUCAUGCACCGAGCGAAAUGGUUUUCUCGAUAAAAAUGGGCUGGGAAUUUUGUGCAAUAAAUUGAGCUUGUCCGAAUUUGCUCCAUCGAUUAUUGAUCGAGUUUUGAGAGAGGAUGAAUCAAUAAAUUUCAAGGUAAGUUAAAAAUUGAAAUUUGUUAAACUCUGAAAAAUGCGUUCUAAAAAUUUUCUAAACUGAACUUUUCUUGAAAAAAGACUCUACCUGAGUUUCAAAGUUCGAAGUUUGAACUUUUUCUUUUCGCAAUUUUGAAAUCACAGCGUUUCACAAUUUAGCUGAUUUCUAGGGAAAUGUAAUCAGCACUUCCUAAAAUACCAAAAAAAAAUUUCUCUCGCCACAUUAAUCAAUGAAAAUAUUCCCCAGCGUAUUGCACUGCAAAGAUUAUCUGGGAUGUACUUACAAUUUUCCUCUAAUAUUAAUAUUUUCAUUUUUCUUAUCCUAUAUUUAGCAAAAAAUUUAUAUAAUACACACUCAAUUUUGCACGUAUCGUGUCAUUUUGAGCAAGGUGUGACAUCUGCUGAAUGUUCUACAUCUGCCAAAAAAAUCGGAAUAGGCGUACCCCAACCAAAAACGAUUCCCAUUUUUAUUAGGAAUUGUUCAACUGAAACGGUUCUAAUAAAACACCAAUUUCAUUUUUUUUCAAUUCCAGCAAUUCAAAGAUCGUUUCAUCUCAUUUCUUCCUGAAAUCAUUGAUCUAACAUCGGGAAACAUUGACGAGGUUUUGGUGGCUGCAUAUAAAACAUCAUCUGCUCUUGGCAUCAAGAAUACGCAAAGGUAACAAUUUAUUUUUGUUUUUUGGAAACCUAUAAUUAGUCUUAUGGUUUUCAGAUUGACACGAUAUGAUGUUCACGCGAUAUGUGAAAACACAUCAGAAUUAGAUUUAUUGACAUUGGUUGAAAUUAAUGCGAUUCUUGAAAAAAGCACCAAUCCAAAUUGUGUUUCGCUCGUUGAAUUUAUUGGACACUUUCGAACCAGACAGAAAAUGUCGGAUGAAAUUCAUUUUAUUGCCGAUUCGUAUCGCUUGUCAACAAUCAACCUUUUCGAGCCAUUGGAUCAAAAUCAUACCGGGUUAGUUUUCAUUAAUUCUAAUUUAUUGAUUUUCAAAGUUUACUUGAUCUAAUAGAUAAUUCUGGAAAUGCUGGAAUUUAGAUAGAAUCGGAAUAACAUCAGGAACAGGUCGGAAUCAAUUUUGUAUCAGAUAAAAAAGGAGGAAACUAAAAAUUCCAAAAUCGGAAGUGAAAGGGGACUUCCGAUAACUUGAGAAUUUGUUUUUCUAUAAUUUUGGAUUUAUACCGAAUCAAAGUUCAAAAUUGUUUGCUACCAACCUGUUAUAACAACUCCGAAACCCCCACAUUCAUAUUUUUCGAGAAAUUUUAUAGUUGUUGUCAAAUUUCUCUUACGCAAAUUACAGUAACCCCGAUUUUAUACCCGAAAGAAAAUGUAGUUCGUAAAGUUCGCAAAAAAAUAUGAACACAUCAUAGUAAAGUUUUCUCAUUUUCAUUAUUUUGCAAAACUUUUAUCUUCUCUCAUUUUUAUGGAGAAAGUAAAAUUUUAAUCACAUUAUCAGAAAUCAACAUUUCUCAAAUAUUCUUUAUAUUCUGACAUUCCAAAUAUAGUUUAUUGUGUUCUCAAAACAUUUUUUUUCAAAAAAAAAAUUGUUGGGAUUAUUUUUGUUUAUCAUUUUUUUUUUGAAAUUAUCUUAUUUCAUAAUUCACACGUUUUCUUUUUUUUCAUUCUUUGUUCUUAAAACAACAAAUAAACAAACAUCUGCAGUUCGCAUCGUAAAUUUUGAUUUUUUUCUGAAAAAGUUUAUUGCUUUUGAUGCGAAGCGAUUCGCUACGUGAAAAUGUUGAAAAUUGCAAAAAAUGAUUGGUAAAUAAAAUAAGAUUGGUAAACAGCAUCAAAUCAAUAUAUGUUAUGAUACUCUCUUUUAUUUUGCUGCUAUUUUCAGAGAAGCGGAUAGUUCAAGUGUUAUUGAAUAUUUAACAACUGCCGGUUUAAAAUUAGAAGAAGCUAUUGGUCUUUUGAAAGAUUAUGGUGAUAAUAAUUCAUCAAUGAUUGGACUUGUUGGAUUCGGGAAUUAUCUUGAAGCGGCGGUUUCGCAUUUUUUGAACUCUUCACCAACAUCGACGAGAGCUGCUGUUUUUUGCAUGAAAUCAUUGAUUGAAAAUUAUCGGUCAGUUUUGAGAGGGAGAUUUUUGGGAUUUUUAUGCAGGUCAUAACGGGUUUUGAAAUAACCAUGAAUGAUGACUCAUUGCAAAAUUGAGCUCAUAUUCAGCAGUCCCAAACAUUUUAUCCACCGUUUUUAAAGCCUGUUAUCAUUCUGAAACUUCUCUUUUUUUUAAUUUUCUCACAUUCAGAUUCAGAAUAAUUUCUCAAUUUUUUUUUCCAUUUCAGAUGUAACGUCAGAGAAUUUGAAAUGCGUUGUGAACAUAUGCAAAAACAGAUCCAUAUUGCAAAUCAAAGAAGAACGAUGCUCAUUGAAGAACUGGACCAAAAUCAACAAAGUAUUGAAGCAAGUUAUAACAAUAGGAUAAAGUAUGUUAUUUAUAUUCUGUUUUCAAAUUAUGUACAAAUCUGACAAUUUUCAGAGAGAUGGAAGAAAGAUGUCGCGCGCGAAUUGCUCUAAUGGAAGAAAAAUUUCAUCAAGAACGUGUUGAAAUGCAAAAAGAAUUCGAGAACAUUGAAAAAGAUCUAUCAAUUGUUCGACAUAAUGAAACUUCUCUCAAAAAUAAAAUUCAACUUGUUGAGCGACAUAACAAAAGAAUCAGCUUGGAAUUGGAAGAGCAAACGGAAGCUUUGAAUAAUUCUGAAAAAGAGAAUCGUACACUUCGAGCAAGUUUGCGCAAAAAUCAACAAUUUCGUGCAAGCGAUGAGACUGCAAAAAUAAUGAUUUGGAAACAAAAAGUUGAAACAAUGGUCGCUCAUAACAAGGUUAGUCAUUCACACUAUUUUUUUGCGAAAAAAAAAUUGUUAUGUAAAUCCAUAUUGAUUGUUUUGCUAUGUUUUUUUUUCAUUUAACAUUUUGAUACAAAAAACUAUUUUCAGCGUCUACGUGAAAAACUUCACGAUAUGACAAAAUAUUCAAAAAAUGAUCGAGCUUCUGAUCAUGAAUCAUAUGUUCAAUGGACAACACCAUUCCGAAGUCAAUUAUUGUUGAUUCGAAAACGUCGAUCACAAAAAGGCGAUACAUUGUCGGAAAUGGAUAGUGAGCCCGAAUCGAUAUUUUAUCGAAGACGACGGAAGCGAUUACAUAAGAAACGCGAUAGAAUGCGCAAAUAUGAAACUAUUCAUAAUUUGUUGAAAGCGGGUAAAAAUGGUUAGUUUUUUUUGUUUGAGUGAUAGAAUCUUUUGAUAUUUACUGAUUUUACUAUGAUGAAAUCGAUCCCAUGAUUACGCGCUCCGGAAAAUUAUCUCAAGAAUUUUGGAAAAUUUUGCUUUUGGGAUUGUUUUCGACAUAGUCUAAUUGUAUUUCAUCAACUUCUCUUCUCCCUCCAAAUUCAUUUUUGUUUUCAGAAACUGAAGAAUUCUCAAACAAUGGCUUCAGUGAAACCGGUAGAAAAUCAAUAUUAUCUCCACGAAAUCGUGACAUGCUAAUCAGUUUGAAAGAUAGUGACAAUAAUAGUAUAACCAGUGAUCGAAAACUCAUUUCUAGAGCAAAGGUAAGAUUUUUCUUUCAGUUUGGAAAUAUAAAUUUAUAUUUCAAUCCUAUCUAGGCAAUCCUACGAAUGUAGAGGCAAGUUUUUCCAUUUUUAUAUACAUAUUUCAUUUCAAAACUUGUCCCUGUGGUUAGUUGGUUUCAUUUCUUGGCACGCUUCCUAAAAUACUUUCGCUUUUGUUACAUUGUAGAACAUUUUCGGUUUCAUAUAUUUUCAAAUGGAAAAAUAAAUGAUUAUAUUAAUUUUCAGAAUGAUACGGGCGCGUUCGAUGAAUUGCAACAUGUUCACGAGUAUGAAAGAAAAAUUCAAGUGAGUUUUGAAAAUCUUCUGAAAAAAAAUCAAUCAAUAAUUUUUGCAGUUACUUCAAAGCACAUUGAUAACCCAAAAAAAUAUGUAUGAGGGUCAAAUUUUGAAUCUAUCCAAACGUUAUGCAAAUCGCAAUGAUGAACCAGCAACGCCUGAACCUUCGUCAAGAUUUUAUUCAUGGCUGGAUAAAAACAGGUGCGUUUUUUUUUGCAGAAAAAAUAUAAAAAUGUUGAACUUUUGUACUAUAGACUCAAAGUGUUCGAGGUUUUAUUUUCGGGAGGUUAUGCAAUCAAAGGGUUAUAGUUAAUUUCAAGAGGGAAGGGAUGGGCCAAAAUUUGAAAGCGUGGGAAAAAUGAAGAUUCAUGAAGAAAAAUACACCGGAAAUUCAGAUUGAAAUCGAUCUAGAAGGCAGAAUUAAAACAAGGUGGCCACAAUUUUUCAGAAUUUGACUUUUCUUUCAGGUUUGAAUUUGAUCCAAUAUUUUCCUAUGAGAAUCUGAUAAUCUUGGGCUAAAUCCAACAAAGUUCAAUUUCAGAAUUCAAUCCAAUAUUCCAAAUUUUUGCAGAAAAAAAGAAGGUCACGCUGUCACCGAAGUGACAAAUUCCAACCUUGGAGUCGAAAAAAGCAUCCUUCAUCGACAACGUUCUUCACAACAACAAUCAUCAAGUGUCACUUAUCCGCCAUGCGCAAAAUGUGUUAUGAUGGAACCAAAACUUUAUGAAUUGAACUUUUUGGUUGGUGGCGCAAAGAGUUUUGCCGUCGAAGAUCCGGUGCCGCAUUCAAGUAUGAGUCAGGAUAAAGUUUAUCUUCAAGCUGAAUGUGGUCGAUUGAAAUCGCGAUUGAAUAUGGCUAGAAUUAAAGUUUCGGAGGUUAUUGCUAUUGUUCAACUUCCUACAAAUCGCAAUAUUCUACUAACACCUUCUUCGAAUGGUGAAGGAAGACCAUAUAGUUCACGGUUAGUUUACACGGGGUUUUGGAUCAAGAGAGAGAGAGAGAGAGAGAGAAACCUUCAAGAAAAAGUCUAACGUAUUUUUUUGCAGAACUCAUCGCUCAUUUGCCGAUCUUCGUGAAAGAACACCAUUAUCAGAAAGAUCAGAAUCUUCCAAAGAUUCAGUUGCAGAUCCUUCACAAUUUACAAACAACUUUCAAAAACAACAACUUGCAUAA